CUGUCAACAAGAAAGAGAGGAAAUGAAUGAGGAGGUCCAUUGCGAUAUUGCGAUUAUUGGUGGAAUAUUCUAAAAUUCGUAGCCGCUGGAGACUGUGUUUGAACAAUUUGUGUUUUGUGUGAAAGUUGUGUUAAUAAAUGACAGAAAAAUAACCAGUUUACAUGUUUAUUUUCGCUUUAACUGAUCAAAAUGUGGGACUCACCAUACCUGACUUGUUUGUUUCUGUAUAUAUUUUCGUUUCAAAUUAUUGUCACUAAUUCACGCACUUCUAAUAUUUGGAAAUUGAAUGCGGAAGGAGACCAGAUCGUGGACGGUAGUACACUGUCUCAGGAUGAAUCUGAUAAAACUCGCAUGAAUGAAGAAGACCCUAUCUUCAACAUAGUAACGUCGACAGUGUAUUAUGGGAACACAUGGACUAAACAUGGCUUUGACAUGUUUUGUACAGACUGCCAAAUAUAUGAACAACAGAGGGCUGGUGUUGAGAAUAGUGAUGAGUCGACACCGGCCGAGGUGAAUGGUGAUGCGGACGAUGAGUACUUAGAUUGUGGUAAAGCAGUUAACUUUACAUAUUAUGAUAACCUGGUCGGAGUGGCCAGACGCCAUAGACAUCCCAAUGUACCUGAACCACAGGUGUCCCUAAUAUUCCCAAAGAAGAAAUCGAACGGUCUAUCACCGUCAGAAAUAAAUGGUUUCGAGAAACGUCUAAAAAAAGCAAAGAGAGAGAAACCAAAGUCUGUACAACUGUACAACCAGAUUGGGAACUUCUGGAGGAUCAAGGGCGAUACGAGACAGUCUAUAGAGUGCUUCAGACGCGCUCUUGCCGUCUCACCAUAUAACGCAGAAGUCCUGCUAAACCUUGCAAGGGUACUAUUCACCCUACAAUACUUGGACGACGCAAUCUACCUAACGCGACGGUCGUUAGAAGUCCAGCCGCCAGAUCGCAGCGCGUGGCAACAGUAUUUCACGCUCGGCGAGAUAUUCAAGGCAUAUGGACAUUAUCAGGAAGCGGCAAUGCACCUGAGACACGCUCUGGACUUGAAACCGGACUAUGAACCCGCUAUGGCCGCAUUGAAAGAUAUCGAGAACACGCCAGAAGCAUCAGUGCAUGUCUAUACACUCCUUAUAAUUGUGUGUUUGGUGAUGGGAGUGUUACUGGUGAUAUUAUCGUCAGUAGACAGUGGCGGUGAUGUAGAAGAGCAUAAGACUCAACGACAUUUCAACCGAGCUAUGGCGAUGCGGUCCCUUCGCGGCGUGGCUCUACCCGGCUCCCGUGGACGCAAGAAAGGCGGAUCCUAAACCCCCAUCUCUAGCGAUAAAAACCUGAGUUUAUAGUCUCUGGUCGUGUUCCUAAAUUGAUUUGUUGUGGCCAGUCACAUUGUUGUGGAACCUUUUUUGAAAUAAUUAUUGUCUCUAAUGGUGAAUAGAUGUUUCGAAUGUCAGUAUUUUACUUAGUGGUUUUCCGUAACUGAACUUUUAAUGUCAAUCCGAUAUUAGGUAUUAUUAUAACAUAACCCUUUGACUUCGCCACUGUCGGGUAUAAAAUAAAGUCCAUCAGAUGUCCCUUAGUAAUGUGACUGUACUCAAAACUAAAGAACAUUGUCUAUGUUCAACACUUGUGUUCAAACUUUUUUUAAUAUUAUGAGUAAAAUUGUCUGUGUAUCAGCUAGUAGUGCUGAGAUAAAAUGGAUUAUAAAAAAGCAGACAUUGCCAACAAUAAAAAUGGAAAUAAAUAAAUUCCAGUUUAUUUAGUUCUUAAGUUAUUUCGCUCUUAUGAAAAAGAUCCGUAGGGCAAUAUUUUUUUACGCCCAACACCGGAUCUUGUUUUUUUUUUUUGUUUGUUGAAAGGAGAUUGUAAACACAGGAUGUAUGAACAACUGUCAUUACAAACAUUUAAGGCUUGAUAAAACAAAUAACGAGUGAUGUUGUCUUAUAGCUACAAUGUUUUAUUAUAAUCGCUAUUGACCCGUGGGAUAUCGAUGAAACCGUUGUUAUGGUACUGUUCUCUUAAAUUAUUUUUGUUUUGUUUGUUACAUUUCACCGAUAAUAACAUGUAUUUCAUCAAGUUAACUUUUUGAUAUAGUAAAUUUACUCGUCUAUAAAGUGUUAGUGUAUUUAUCUAUUACGACUUGUUUGUCAAAAUAGUUCAAUGUUUUUAUAAUGAUUAUCGUGAGAUAUACUAAAUUGACUAAAAAUCGCGCGGGUUACUUACGUGAAAAUAC